GUAGCGGAUGCGGACCUGGCACUGGCCCCAGACAGCGCUUACUGCCGGAUAGAGGGUCCUGCCCUUCAGUCCGCGGAAUGCUGGCCCCAGGAGGAGGACUGAGCUUAUCUGACUCCAGAGCUUUCAGGAGGGAAGAAAGAUGUCAGAUGAAGAUGAUCUAGAAGACUUUGAGCCAGACCAGGGUGAUUCUGAGAAAGAAGAGGACGAGAAGGAGACAGAGGAGGGGGAGGACUACAGAAAAGAGGGGGAAGAGUUCCCUGAGGAAUGGCUGCCCACCCCCCUCACGGAGGACAUGAUGAAGGAAGGGCUUUCUCUGCUCUGUAAGACAGGCAAUGGGCUGGCUCAUGCUUAUGUCAAGCUGGAGGUUAAAGAGAGGGACCUGACAGACAUCUACUUGCUGCGCUCCUACAUCCAUCUGCGCUAUGUGGAUAUUUCUGAGAACCACCUGACAGACCUGUCUCCACUCAACUACCUCACCCACCUGCUCUGGCUCAAGGCUGAUGGCAAUCGGCUGCGAAGUGCCCAGCUGAAUGAACUGCCCUACCUGCAGAUUGCUAGUUUUGCUUAUAACCAGAUUACUGACACUGAAGGCAUCUCUCAUCCUCGUCUUGAAACCCUGAAUCUCAAAGGGAACAGCAUCCACAUGGUGACAGGUCUGGACCCCCAGAAGUUGAUCAGCCUGCACACAGUGGAGCUUCGGGGGAACCAGUUGGAAAGCACCCUGGGAAUCAAUCUUCCUAAGCUGAAGAACCUCUACCUGGCCCAAAACAGGCUGAAGAAGGUGGAAGGCUUGGAGGAUCUGAGCAAUCUCACCACCUUGCAUCUUCGAGACAACCAGAUUGACACCCUGAGUGGCUUCUCCAGAGAAAUGAAAUCAUUGCAGUACCUCAACCUGAGAGACGGGGUUUCACCGUGGUCUCGAUCUCCUGACCUCAUGAUCCGCCCACCUCAGCCUCCCAAAGUGCUGGGAUUACAAGCGUGAGCAACCACGCCCGGCCAAGACCAGAUUCUUGAGCUGGCAAUGGAAAGAGCAUCUCCAAGUAGGGAGAAGUGGUUGUAUCUGGAAGCCCCAACUCUCAUCCUGACCCCCUGGCCAUUCUCUUAUUCAUGAACUCUGCCACAUGGAUCUGGUGGGGUGUGUAUAUGUGCCAUCUUCCUGUUAAUGAUCUAGACAGGCAUGAUGGACCCUUUCUGAGUGGCUAUUAAAUGAGGAUGUUUUGAGAGUAAGUUGGGUAUGUGUGUGGAGGCGGGUGAGGGUGUCUCAAUGAUUGGGAGGUGCCUCUGGGGCCAGAGACGCUAAGCAUCCAACAAUGUAUGGCAGAGUCCAGUACAAAGUUCCUGUAGCCCUCCUGGUGAGAAACACUGCAUGAGGCUCAGCACGACCAUGAGAUCAGGCUGAAACACUUAAAUAGAUUUCAUAAAAGCUUAAAGCCAGAACGUGAAAAUAAAUAAAAGGCCAAGCACAGUGGCUCAAGCCUGUAAUCCCAGCACUUUGGGGGGCCAAGGCAAGAGGACUGCUUGAGGCCAGGCGUUCAAGACAAACCUGGGCAACAUAGUGAGACCCAGUCUCUACAAAAAAUUUAAACAUUAGCCAGGUGUGGUGGCACAUGCCUGGAGGUACUUAGGAAGCUAAAGUGAGAGGAUCACUUGAGCCCAGGAAUUCAAGGCUGCAGUGAGCUAUGAUCAUGCCACUGCACCCCCAACCAGGGUGACAUAGUGAGACCCUGUCUCAAUAAAAAUAAAAAUAAAAACAGAGUAUCGGCCGGGCGCGGUGGCUCACGCUUGUAAUCCUAGCACUUUGGGAGGCCGAGGCGGGCGGAUCACGAGGUCAGGAGAUCGAGACCACGGUGAAACCCCGUCUCUACUAAAAAUACAAAAAAAAUUAGCUGAGUGUGGUGGCGGGCGCCUGUAGUCCCAGCUACUCGGAGAGGCUGAGGCAGGAGAAUGGCGUGAACCCGGGAGGCGGAGCUUGCAGUGAGCCGAGAUUGCGCCACUGCACUCCAGCAUGGGCAACAGAGCAAGACUCCAUCUCAAAAAAAUAAAAACAAAAAAAACAGAGUAUCAUAUAAUGAGGCUUAUUAGGAGAUGAAGUUUAUUCUUCAGGUUGGGAGGCUCCAACCCAUCUGUAGCCCUGGGUUCCCUUUGUGGAGAGCACGAAAAGAGCACCCACCACCCUAAACUCCAGCUUAGAUCCCAGUUCCUUAUCCACUGACCUAGGUCCUACAGGGUGCAGUGCAGCGGCUGGAUCUCGGCUCACUGUAAUCUCAAACUCCUGGGGUCAAGCAAUCCCUCCUCAGCCAAGUAGCAGGGACUACAGGUGUAUGCCACCAUGCCCAGCUAAUUUUUUUAUUUUUAGCUUUUGUAGAGAUGGGGUCUUGCUAUGUUGCCCAGGCUGGGUCCUACCUUCUACCCUCUGUUUAGGUGUGAUCACAGAAAAAGUCUCUCCCUGUGAGGAAAAUUUGCCCUCUCCUCCCCAGCUACAAGACAGGGUUGUGGCCUAGCUUUGCUGCACCAAAAGAACACAUGAACACAUUACAGAGUAGAAUAUGGCACUUAGGGAUUCCUUGAAGGGCAGAAGCAGGACCAGAGUGGGGUCACACAGCACCUCUGCAGUAAAUCUGGCAAGGCUUGGCAGGCCAGUCCUCACAGUGUUUCUAGGGAAACUGGAACCCAGUAGGAGAGUUCCCCCAGAGGCCCCAUUCCUAGCAACUGGCAACCAAAGCCCAUUAUUCCUGCAUGAACCCCUCCUGACCACACUGGCAGGGGCAACAUGGUGGCCAACCUGGGGGAGCUGGCCAAACUGCAAGACCUGCCCAAGCUGCGAGCCUUGGUGCUGCUCGAUAACCCAUGCACGGAUGAAACCAACUACCGCCAGGAGGCCCUGGUGCAGAUGCCAUACCUUGAACGC